AGAUGAGGGAGAAAAUUUUGCUUUGAAUCUCAAAAUUCUUGUGAACGCAAUAAUUGUAUACAAACAGUUAUUCUGCAUCUGUCAAUUUGUUGUUUUUUAAUUAUUUUAUUAUUAAAAACGUAUACGGUUCUUUUUUUUAAAUUGUGAGUUUUCUUUUUAAUGUUAUUUAUUGAAUUAUUUAAUCUGUGAAGGAAAAUCAAAACAAUGAUUCGAGAUAAUGUUAAUAUUCCUGUGGAAAAGAUGAACUUAUCCUUUGCUGGCUGUGGUUUUUUAGGAAUCUAUCAUGUUGGUGUAGCCUCUUGUUUUCGUGAAUAUCUUCCUGAAAUUGUUCGGAAUAAAUUUUCAGGGGCAUCUGUUGGAGCUCUUGUGGCUACUGCUAUGGCCCUUGACUGUUCUUUAGCUGAAAGUACUAGUGAUUUAUUAAAAGUGGCAAUUAAAGCAAGGUCUCGAGCUUUAGGACCCUUUCAUCCUACCUUUGACGUAACUAAAAUUUUAUAUGAUGCGUUGGUUAAGGCAUUACCUCAUGAUGCUCAUAAAAAAGUUUCUGGUCGAUUAUUUAUUAGUGUUACCCGAGUCAGUGAUGGUAAAAAUAAGAUAAUCUCUCAUUUUGACUCAAAAGAUGAUCUUAUUCAGGCAAUCCAAUGUAGCUGUUUUAUUCCCUGUUGGUCAGGAGUUUUACCACCCAAAUUUCAUGGAGUUGCUUACAUGGAUGGCGGUUUCUCUGACAAUUUACCUAUUUUAAACGACUACACCGUUACGGUGGCUCCAUUUGCUGGGGAGAGUGACAUUUGUCCGCAAGAGAAUACUUUCAACUACAUGCAAAUCCAACUGAGUAAUACUAGUUUUUCAAUCAGUCCAGGUAAUUUGUACAGGAUAACAAGAAUCUUAUUUCCACCACACCCUGAGGAAAUGUCAAAAAUGUGUCUUCAAGGAUUCAAUGAUGCUCUCAAAUUUCUCCAACGCACGAAUAAAAUCUCAUGUCUUCGGUGUGUUGCGAUCCAAUCCAGUUUUCUCUUGGCUGAAUCAAAUGAAUCUGAACCCGAUGAGUUGAUUGACACUGUAGUUGUAGAAGAAGAUGAAGAAGAUGAAGAGAUGGAAGAAGAAGCUAAGGAAGAACCACCAAUGCAACAAAAAGAGACUCUAAAUGAAGAAGUCAAUCAAUCAAACGAUAGAUAUGAAACUGAUUUAAUUUAUGAUGAUUCAAGUGAAUGUACAAGUUGUCGCGAAAUGAUUGACCUUCAUUCAUUACCUGAUCCUGUUGCCAAAGCAAUUCAAGAAGCCAUUGAUUCAGUCAAUAAGGGAUUAAUCAAUUGGAUUUAUAAACACCGUCCUGUUCGAGUUUUAUCACUUUUAACUAUACCUUUUACUCUUCCUUUUGAUCUUGCCCUGAUCUUUGCCAUUAAAAGCCUAAGAAUGAUUCCUGUUGUAACUAAUGAAUUUAAAACAAGUCUAUUCAAUAUAAUUGCUUUCCUUUUGAAAAAGGAUAAAUUUGGCAAGAAAAAAGCAACCACAAGAUUCUCUUGUCAACUUGCAAUCACAGAAUUCGGCGGUAAACCAAUCUCUUCAGACUCAGGACCUUCACCAGCAAAAAUUUCCAAACCAUGUAAACGGAAAGAAAGUGUUUUUAAUAUUGAAUCACCUUAUACUCGUAGAAAAAUAUCAACUCAUGAUAAUUCAAGGUUAUCACCAUCAAACUCAAGGCUGGAAAAGUCUGAAACUCUGUUAAGUGCAUCAUCAACAUCUGACUUAAGGUCAAGACUAAGAGAAGAAACAAAAGCUAAACGUAAUUCGUAUGCUGGUAAAGAAUUCUCAUACUCGACUAGUAAUCUUUCUCGAAGUGCUUCCUGCCAACGGGAACGUCGUAAAACGGUUGCUGGAUUAUUCAACUCAAAAUCAAACUCAGCUAAUUGUAAUUUACACAACCCUCAAAGGAUGAAUUUUGGUUUCACCGUUGACCUGCCCGUUGAUCGAUUACCUUCAGGGUCUCGUAAAAAUAGUACUCGCCGAAGGUGCACCGGUGUGGAAAUGGAUGAAAGCUAUGAAGCUUCAACUACAAACAUUCCCAAUAACAAUCAAAAUAGCCCCAAUGAUGUUUUACUUACCGUACUACAAUCUCUAGGAGACGGAAUUGAUCCUCAAGAAAUUGAUCUGGAUGCAAAGGAAGUAACCAACAAAGCAUUGAGCAUCGAAAAGGAAUACUUUGAAAGAUUUGCAAACAGUGAACUUGGCGGGGUUGCCAAAAAUACUGAAGCUUUGGAUAAAAUAAUGGAUGUUGCUUCCAAUAACCAUGCACUUAUGGCAUUCUAUUAUUUGGAUGAAAAGAAAAGAGUUAAGGUUACCGAGAUUUUCAGUAUUCCAGAUGCAUGUGAACGAGAUAAAGUAGAUGAUGAUGUUGACGAUGGUAUCGAGAUUGUUGAUGAUGAUUUUCGAACUAGAAAUGAAGCAAACACAUCACGCUGUUGUGACAAUUUUAUUGAAAAUGAUAAUCAAUCAAUUGAUGAAAAUAACCAAUCCGAUGAAAUCAGCGAAUGGGUUCAUUUUCAUGGUACUGAUGUGGACGAACUGUCAUCUCUUCAAGUCAUGUCCAUUCGUAGUCAAUCAAGAAAUGAUUUUACCAGCAACAACUCUAAGUCUAAUAAUAACAAUAUGCUAGGCUGAUUACAAAAUUAAAUAACUGGUAAAAUUUACAGACGACUGCCAAGCACUCGAUGAGCGUAACUACUUUACAUGAUUAUCAGCAAAUGAUUACAUCAACAUUUAUCCAUAAGAGACAUAUUGUUUUAUAUCUUGCAUUUUAAUAGUAAAAAGAGCGCAAAUUUAUUUUAAUUCAUGUUACUACCAAAAGAAAAUCAAUUAUGACACUUACAAUUUGUAUUUAUACACUAUUUGAACAUAUAUACUUACACAUCUACACCACAGGCAAAAAAGUGAAAAGUAAAGACCACCUUGUAUACAAAUAUCCACCAAUUCACCAAUUCAAAGAUUGAUUCACCAAAAAAACACUUCUAUUACAGUCAUUAUACGUGUCUACCUAGUAGUAUUUAAUAUACAAAGCUUAAUAAUCAAAAAAGGUUAUAAUUCAUAUUGUGCCUGAAAUGCUUAAAAUCAUUGUACAAUUAUGAAGCGUAAAAUAAAAUUGUAAACUUGUUCAAAAGUUAGAUCAAUUUCCAUUGAUCCUAUUCUUUAAUUGAAA